AAAGGGCGGGACUAAAUGGUGAGGUUUUUUUUCAGGGCGAGAGGAAAUCCUAAGGAAAUGUGUGGGAUCACGCUCUGCGUUUCCAAGUGGCUCAGGCGUUAUUGACAAACUAUCUCCAUCGGGUGACGUUACUUCAUGGUGCCUACCAACGGCCCGCUACAAACAAACAACUAACCGACAAAGUAAACGGGGGGAAUAAGGGGGGAAGCGACCGUGCUUAGGACAAAAUGUCGAUUCAGUACGAGGUGGAACAGCUGUCUGACAGCUACGGGGUUGCGGACUCGUUUCCCAAAGAUUUCGGUUAUGGUGAAGAGGAGGCCGACAUCGAGGACAGCCCGGCACCGUCCGACAGCAAACCCAGGAUCCUGCUUAUGGGCCUGAGGAGAAGCGGCAAAUCGUCGAUACAGAAGGUGGUAUUUCACAAAAUGUCUCCCAAUGAGACCUUGUUUCUGGAGAGCACCAACAAGAUCUACAAGGAUGACAUCUCCAGUAGCUCUUUUGUCAACUUCCAGAUCUGGGACUUCCCCGGCCAGGUCGACUUCUUUGACCCCACCUUCGACUACGAGAUGAUCUUCAGAGGAACCGGGGCUCUGAUAUUUGUUAUUGAUGCUCAGGAUGAUUAUGUGGAGGCUCUGAGUAGGCUUCAUCUCACUGUGUCGCGGGCCUACAGGGUCAAUCCAGAGAUAAACUUCGAGGUGUUUAUCCACAAAGUUGACGGCUUGUCAGACGAUCACAAGAUCGAAACCCAAAGAGACAUCCAUCAGAGAGCCAAUGAUGAUCUGGUAGAUGCCAGUUUAGAGAAGCUGCAUCUCAGCUUUUACUUGACGAGUAUUUAUGACCACUCAAUCUUUGAAGCCUUCAGCAAAGUGGUGCAGAAGCUCAUCCCACAGCUCCCCACCUUGGAGAACCUCCUAAAUAUCUUCAUUUCUAAUUCAGGGAUAGAGAAGGCCUUUCUAUUUGACGUGGUCAGUAAGAUCUACAUCGCCACAGACAGCUCUCCUGUGGACAUGCAGUCCUAUGAACUGUGCUGUGAUAUGAUUGAUGUGGUUAUCGAUGUCUCCUGCAUCUAUGGUCUGAAGGAGGAUGGCAGCGGCAGUGCCUAUGACAAGGAGUCCAUGGCCAUCAUCAAGCUCAACAACACCACUGUGCUGUACCUGAAAGAGGUCACAAAGUUCCUGGCCCUUGUCUGCAUCCUGCGAGAAGAGAGCUUCGAGCGCAAAGGACUAAUAGACUACAACUUCCACUGUUUCCGGAAGGCUAUCCAUGAAGUCUUCGAGGUGGGAGUUUCCACUCCGCGUUCAGCUGGUCCACAGGCAAUGGGCUCACCCUGCUCCAAGGCUGUUGCACUCAAUGGCACACCACGCAACACCAUCUAGAUGCUGAUGCAAAAUUAAAAAACAAAAAGAUGCAACAAGAAGGAAGAGGAAAGGAAAGAUUAGGAAGGUCUCGGGAGCCUGUAGAGAAAAGACUACAAAACUGGGGCUCACCAGCGCACCAGUCACUAUCCCAUGCUCCCAGCACUUAAAGCACUGAGAAAUGCCUCAAGCCAAGAGUGUGGGAGCAGCAGUGGAGCACAGAGGGGUCAGGCCAAGAUGGACGAUUGAAGGGAAAUUCAGGCAUCAGGUAAAUGCAAAGCACUGUGUUAGCUUUGAGGAAGCCGAGAGACUAAACUGCACCUGAACAGGAAAAGGUUCAGGAUCUUUCUUUGGAUUUCUUAAAGCAGUCAAAGGCUGUGAUAAUUAGCUGCUGUUUCCUCUGUAUGAACAAUGUGAUGUGGGGGAAUAAAACCCUCUGUUAUAACCUCUUCAUAUGGACAAACUGUUAGGAGGCUUCUGUCUUGUGAUGAACCCACCCCGACCACUUCUGUGCUGAAAAAGACGAUGGACAUGUUCAGAGAUGGCCUUAUGUAGAUAAAGCUUGACUGUAGUGCAAGCUUUUUCUCUCACCACCAUUCACCUCACCUUACCUGAAUGCUGCCCAAAACUUGCUUUUGGUUUGACUUGUGAAGGGAAAAUAAGGUUUUGUGAGCAGACUAAAAAGGGAUUGUGUUGUCCAGUUAAAGUGAGUGUGUGUGAGAAAGGUUUUGAUUAAAUCCCAAGCGCGUUAUUGUGAAGGAACUUAACAGAAAACGUAUAUAUGUCCUUUUAGCUAAGAGCAGUUUAGCAUGAUUAAACUCCUGUCAUUCAGUGAAAAUAACUCUUCUGUGCUUGUGCUCCACUGAGGAACAGCUUCUGAUUGACUUUAUGAUGAAUAGAAAAAGGAGUUUACUGGAAAUUUGGACAUACACAUUGCAAAAGCACUGCCACCAUGAAUGAAUAGGAGCCAGUUACACUAUGCCACAAUUUAAGAAAAAAAUUAAUUAAAUUUGUUAAGUAUGAAUGAGGUGGAAGGUUGAUGAACAGGUGGACUCACGGUUUAGGAUUGUCAGACUGGUUGCAGCAUGCUUGCAUGCUUUUCCACUCAGUCACAGUCCCGCCAAAAAUUAUUAACCCAUGUAGCAACCUGAUUUAGUUUAGUCCUGAUGAGCGGGAGUCACAAGAGCAAAUCAUUACUCCAAGCAUGCAUACAUCAGUGUGUUUUUUCAGUUGAAUUGUUCUCAACCAAAACAUUGCUUCUUGUUUUGAAAAGGGGAGAGUGGAAAUGGAAUUAACAAAGAAACUCAAACUGCUAAAGUAGGAGAAAAAGACCAAAUUUUAUUAUAAUCGCCAUUAAAAUGAAAUGCACUGUUCAUGUCUGUAUGUUUGUGUUUGCUUCUGUCAGGACUGAGAGGUAAAAACUCGUACCGGUUGCACCUAAAGAUCGGGAAUUUGACUCAGGAACCAGGAUUACCACAUUAUCUAGCUAACUUUUCUGAGUAAAACUAAGUUCUAGCUUUGAAGGUGCCCCUGGUUUUAUUCAGCAAAGUUAUUCAGGUAAUUCUGGUGCUCCUUGAAACUGGCCCGAGAAGUUGUUUCAUUAGUCACCCGAGAAUAAGUCGCCGCUUCAUUGUUGCACAUCAGAACUGUGGUGGAUGAUUGAUUUCAUGUAAUGUGAUGCUAUACUGUGUGAAAUAAAUGAAAAUUUAAAGUGU